GUUUUUCCCCAAUCCGAUACCCCAACUCCUUUCCGGCUGCCGCCGCCAUGGAUCGUCUCCUCGCCUUCUCCCGCCGCCGCCGCCGCCGCCGCUGGCUCGCCUUGGCCGGCGCCGGCGUGGGGGCCUACCUGGUCUACCACCACCCGGCCGUCGCCGCGCGGCGGCGCCGCAUCGCCCGCGUCGCCUCCGCCCUCGCGUCCCUCGCCGACGCCGUCGCCGCCGUGGCAUCCGACCUCGCCGCUUUCGUCCGAUCGGAUUCCGACGCGAUUCCCCCCACGGUCAGGCAGCUCUCGAAGCUCGCUUCGUCCCCCGAGGCGUCCGCCUCCGCCUCCGCGCUCUCCGGGGCCCUCACCGCCGGUGUGCUACGCGGCUACGCCGCCGCCGCGGCCUCCGGUCCUCCCUCCGGUGACGAGGUGGCCUUCUCGGACCGCCUCCUUGACAGGAUUCUGUCCCCCUCCGGCGAACGCCUCGCGUCCGCCGUCGCCGGCAGCUUCGGGAGCCAGCUCGUGCUUGCCUUCUACUCCGCCCCGUCCGAUCCUUCGGUGGCCUCGUCGUCGCCAAGCUGGGUCGACGUGGUCACCACCGGAAGUUGCCGGAGGGCGAUUCGCAGCUGGGUCGAGGUCUUCACGGCCACCGCCGUGGGGGUCUUCAUAGACAAGACCAUCCACAUCAAUACCUACGACCAGCUCAUCGCCGCCGCCACGAACCCCUCCUACAGCGCCAGGCUACAGCGGCUUCUCGUUGCACUCUGCAAUGCCUCCAUGGAGACGCUGGUAAAGACAUCCCAUAGUGUACUAUCCAACCCCAAUACCAAUUCCAUUUCCAAUCGAAAUGGCAAUGACAAUGGUAGUGGUAGUGGUAGUGGCAACAAUGGUGGGGUUAGGGAAGGAUGGGUGGAAACCAUGUCGACCGCACUUGCUGUGCCGUGCAAUCGGACGCUCAUGCUAGAUUUGACUGGCAGGGCAACAUUUGAGGCUGUGCGAUCAUUUCUUGAAUUUGUGUUAUGGAGACUACACGAAGGCGCGAGGGCUGGGGGUGAUGCCGCAAUUGCAGCUGGAUUAUGUGCCUUGAGGUACAUGAGUGAAAGGUCCAUGGUUAUUGCUGCCAUCUGCAUAGCAUUGUGCCUGCUUGUGUUGAAUGGUACAUGGCUCAUGGCCCGCCCUGAGCCUGCUUCUGUUGAACAGUUAUGAUGUUAUGACUGUAAAAUUUUCAUCUAUUGCAGUGUACAGAAACAUGGAGUAUAGGAUAUGCUGAAGCUGUAAAUUUGAAAGAGGGGAGAGGGAACAGGAAAUAAUUAAUUGAUGACUUCUGUAACAAUUCUGACCUUGAUAUAGUUAAUAAAAUUUCUGAAGGUUAUCUAAGAACUUUCAGAGGGAGAGUUGGAACCUAUCUUACAUCGGAUCACCAUGUCAAAUUUGGAGAGCUUCUGAAUUUUCUUAAGUCAGGUUUGAAUCUAUAAAUACAGCCACUGCAUGUCGUUUUCUAUGUUGCCUUUUUUUCUGAUUGCAGGUUUGCGCCGCAUUCUAGAACACCAAUCCGUACAAAAUAGACAGGCUAGUUACAGGUUGCCUGUUCCUACCUGCAUACCCACCCAUCAGCUGUGCCGUUCUGUGUCAUGCGGGCUGGGCCGGCUGGCUGUCAUGAUCCACACAAGUGUGUGAGUACCGUAUCGGUCAGAGGAAGGGAAGAUGGAUGCAGGUCCUGAUCAAUCUUCAGCCAAGGUGCACUUCAGAAAAUGAUGUGCUGUUCUAGAGACCGCAUACAUACGGCCGUCACACGCACAUAGUGGGUGGUCAAGUCAUCUCGAUUGUCUCUGUCAUGCCGGUAAUCCGAUGGCUCACUCGUGUAAUCAAUUAGUAUAAAUUAGCUGUCUCACAUACAGACGAUGCUUCUAAUCUGACUUUCAAUCACUAACAGUUUUUUUUGAAGUUUAAUCACUAACAAUUUAGACGACGUACGGAAGCUAACACCCCAGGUAAUAAUAAGAGUCUGUCUUGGAAUGUUUAGAUUAUGAGAAACAGCUGCUUGGUAGUCAGUUUCUAAGAAUCUGGAAAAACUUCUAAACCUAGCUUCUCCAGCUUUCAGAUUCUUAGUGCAUUUUCUAGAAUCUGUAGCUACAUAUUCUCAAAAACUAUGGACCGUUUAGGAUAGCUUCUAACAGCUUCUGAUAGAAACAGCUUUUAGGAAAAGCUGCAGCUAAAAAAACUAUCUCGACGGGCCCUUUCCUUUUAGUGCAGCAGGAAAAAGGAACAAGCAUGAGUGAGACAUGAAGAUGUAAGCGUCAGACUAAUAAAUUGCAGCAGCAAGUGUACUUCAAGAGGCAAAGCCCAUGCUUAUCUGCAUGUGUAUAUUCUAAGUAUCUAGCAGGCAGUGUGUGUCGUCAACGUCAUGUAAUAUACAACUAAAUUAUAUUGCAGCACCAGUGUGACCUCUUCUGGCUAUGAGCAAUGUCAAUGGCUCUUUUUGUCAUGGAGUUCAUUUGGCCAAAAUCUAAUGGCAGAGUUAGCAAGCUAUUGUACAAAAACUCUUCUGAAGGUGAUGCUCUUGUCAGGGAGUCGCCGCUGCCGGCCCUACUGUGUUCUUGCAUACAUCCAGAAUAUGUACUGCCGGAGACCCAUCCUGCAUCAGCAGAGUUACUGCAAGAGAUUUGUUUACUGGUGACUGAUUGGAGCGUAUGACGUCAUGUUCUGUACUCUACAAGAGGUCUAAUAUUUUUUUAACGGGUUUAUCUCACUUUGUAGUUUUGUUGCAGGCUGGGAAACAGUUGGCGCCGUAAAUUCAAGCUCUGGAAAUGAGCUGGAAACAAUUGCUGGAUCAUUUCGUGGUUGAUCUAGAAAAGGGUAUAAAUUAAGCAGGAGAAAUUUCAUUUACUGCAGACACCAUGAAUCUGAAUGGCUGAAUCGAAUGGAGUAAUUAACAACUUUGGACUUUUGUGCAUGCAAAAAACAGUGUAGCUCAAAUCUCAAUAUCCUUUUGAGCUACUGUUAAUAACUGAUCCAGAAAAGGGUAUAAUUUAGGCAGGACAUUUUGCAUGAUUUUACAUUAUUGCAGACACCAUGAAUCCACGAUGCACCCAUAUAUACCUGAAUGGAAUGGAGUAAUAAGGGCACGCACAACGUCUGUCUUUAUGCCAUCUGUACUUCAUUUCGUACGUGGCGUCUCGUAUAUUUGCUAAUACUAUUGAUUACCUUGAUUUAUGUGUUAAAUGAUAAAUUAAA